AUGUCGACUCCUACGCUCGCCAUAAAGUCCUUGGACGCCGGCCGUCGCAAUGACGGUCCAGCACCAUCACCGCCACCGCCUCCGGGUUCCGUCUCCGAGCCUCGUUUGCCAACCCCCGUAAGCCGCAAGAGCUUCUCGGUCGCUUCAAAGCCGCAGGACCCCUCCGAAUCCCAGUCCCAAGGCAGCAGUUUUUCGACCUUUGCCAAGAAGACGCCUACGAAACUGAAUCGGGCAACAACCCCAAAUGCGAAAGAGCUCAAGCCUGUCAAGCCCUCGCCCGUCGCUGUUCAGUCUCCAGCUGCCAUUGACCCGCUAUCUCAAGUUUGUUCUCCCACCUUGGCACUGCCCUGCCCCUCUAGCCCCUCGCUAACAUGGCAAAAGCACAUUUUGAUCCGAACCAACACCGGCCAUACUGUCCCUCCACAGCUGAGAAGACCUCCCAACAGCCCAACUCCCGACCCAGAGCAGACCUCGAAGCUCUCGGUACAUGCACUCGAUGCUCCUAAGGACAAAAAAAAAGGAGGGGUGUCAUUCUUGAGUCGAUUGAGCAUGCGAGGCGGUAGGAGACGCGAUGAUGAUGAGGAAUCCGUAUUCAGCGAUCACCGGACCGACGGCAACAAUGCUCACGUCUUUUCGUCGGCCAUCGGCUCGGGCUAUAUUCCCCAUCACAAGGAGCCGCCGCGGUACAUUCGGGUCAAGGCGCAUGACAAGAGAACUCGUGAGUUCAAUCGCAUGUUCCUCGCCCAAGAACUAGCCAUCCACCAGCCCGAAACGAAUGGAGACAAAAACAUGACGACGGUGACGACUCCGAGUGGCAGCAGGCGGUCAAACAAUGGAGGUGCCAUCUGGGCGACCGAAUUCAGCAUAGACGGGAAGUACUUCGCUGCUGCUGGCAAGGACCAAGUAGUACGGGUGUGGGCGGUGAUCUCGACACAUGAGGAGCGACGGCGCCACGAGGAAGAAGAAAAUGCCGGUGGCGCCAGCGGAGAGAGAUUGAGCGCGCCCGUGUUUCGGAGCAAACCAAUCCACGAGUUCCGAGGUCACACGGGAGAAGUCCUCGACCUCAGCUGGAGCAAGAAUAACUUCUUGCUCUCGUCAUCGAUGGACAAGACGGUUCGGCUGUGGCAUAUUAGCAGGAAAGAAUGCCUCUGUACCUUCACGCACAAGGAUUUCGUAACGUCAAUUGCGUUUCAUCCCACCGACGACCGUUUCUUCCUGGCCGGAUCCCUUGAUUCGACCUUGCGGCUGUGGAGCAUUCCCGACAAGACUGUGGCUUAUACAUCUCAAGCUCCAGACUUGGUCACGGCAGUGGCAUUUUCGCCCGACGGCAAGACAGCUAUCGCCGGAGUCUAUUCCGGCAUGUGUAUGUUUUAUGAUACCGAAGGCCUCAAGCAGGUUUCACAGCUCCACGUCCGCUCUUCAAGGGGCAAGAACGCCAAGGGCAGCAAGAUCACGGGCAUCAAGACGAUGGUUAUCGAUGAUGUGGUCAAGGUCCUAGUAACGUCCAACGACUCGAGAGUUCGUCUUUACAAUCUGCGCGACAAGAGUUUAGAUGCCAAGUUCAAGGGUCUCGAAAACACGUGCAGUCAGAUUCAUGCGGAUUUUAGUGACAACGGACAAUGGAUCGUGUCGGGAAGCGAGGACAAGAAGACGUACAUCUGGUCGGUGCGCUCGGCAGACUCGGAGAGGGACAAACCAUGCGAGUAUUUCGACGCGCACUCCGACCGGGUAUCCACGGCAAUCUUUGCGCCAACAAAAUCGCGUCAGCUCCUCGGUGGUUCCGGAGAUCCUCUCUACGAUCUCUGCAAUCCACCACCGGUGACGCUUAUGAGUCUCGAGGAAUCUAUCGCCAGCCAGGGAGGACAGUCUGACGAGGAGAACAAGACGCAAGUCAAGAAACCCGAGGAGUCACCACAGUACAUUGAAAAGUCAAAGCACCCCGACGGACAGAUCUUGGUGACGACGGACCAGUCCGGCGUUAUUAAGGUUUUCCGUCAGGAUUGCGCUUACAUCAAGCGCCGACAUGAGAACUGGGAGACAGGCUCAACGUUCUCGCGCCGGCUGGGAGGAAGCAUUGUGGGACGCAGCGGCAGCGUCGCAACGCGCACAAGUGUCGGUAGCCACCCCCGUUCGCGCCGCUCAUCCAUUUCGCGCGUUGUUGCCCCAGGUGGUGCGCAACUGAGUUCCGACAUUCUCUCUUGGCGACAAGGAAUCGAGCACGGAAGGCCAACCUCAAUGGUCAUCACGCCUUCGCAGAGCGAGCGGUCUGUAUCACCGAACAAGGCAACGCGGACGCCCAUCAACACGAGCGCAGCAAACCUUGCAUCCGAGGCUCGAAGGCAACCGUACGGCGGGUCCUCACCGCAGAGCCGACCACAGCAUCCCGGGAGUCCCACCUCAAGCCGUGCUUCCCGCGAGAGAGGUCCGUCAAUUCCGCCGACGCCAAGCUUCUCGUUCCGGUCUGCCGAUGAAGAUGACGAUGAAAGCGAUGAGCUGCGGCUGGAUCCAGCGGGUGCAAGCUACUCUUUCUGGAAUUUGAAUCGAUGGCGAGGAAUCUCAUCGCUGCGGUCUUCGGUAUCAUUCAGCAACAUGAGCGCGACACAGUCACAGGGCCAGGGUCGAAAUAGCAUGAGCACAGCGGACACAGCACAGACAACAACUAGCAACGGCACCAAGGCCUCGAGGCGCAAAAGCAUUGGCCCAGGUAUCUACGACAGACCGGUUGAAGAGGAGCAGAACAGCACCACCAAAAGCAUAAAAGAAGACGUAACACAGAAGACCAACAGCGACGCCCAACUGCUCCGACCAGGCGGAAACGACCAGGACAGCCGCAUCAAUUCCAUUAUCAGCCGGCUCAGCUCGGAGUACACGAGCGAUGAGACCGAUCGGAUGGUUUGCGAGAAAUGCAGCAGCAAGGAGUUCAAAUCGAAGAGAGUAGGCGGACGACAGCGGCUCAUCUGUGUUGGAUGCGGCAAGCUAGUCGACGACAGCAAAUGA